AUGUGCUUGGUCUCUGAAGAGGGAGCCCACGGAUGGAUGGGAAAGCCGCUUGCCGUUGCAGUCCUUGAGCGUGAGAGCUCGUCUCCAUAUUGUACGGAUGUUGGACGAGUUGUUGGCUGUCCGAUUUUCCACGUGAAUGUGGACGAUCCUGAAGCUGUGAUGCAUGUUUGCAAUGUGGCUGCUGAAUGGAGAGCGACUUUCAAGAAGGAUGUGAUUAUCGACUUUGGUGUGCUACAGAAGCGAAUCAAACAACAACCAACAGCUCUUCAAAAAUAUCAAGAAAAUAUCACCAAGGAAGGUGUCGUAGAUGAGCAGUACGUGAAGGAUGAAGUCACAAAGUACGGUCAAAUUCUGGAAGACGCUUACGAGAAUGCCCAGAAAGUCUCUUAUUUGAGAAACCGUGAUUGGCUGGAUUCUCCUUGGGAUGACUUCUUCAAGCAUCGCGACCCUCUCAAGCUGGUCCCCACUGGUGUUGAUGAAGACUCACUAAGACAGAUCAUUGAGAAAUUUGGUUCUUAUCCCGAAGGAUUCCAUUUACAUCGUGGUCUGGAAAGAAUUCUCAAGGGGCGCAAGCAGAUGUUGCAGGAGAAUUCGGUAAGUUACUUGUUC